AUGGUCUUUGAUUUGUCUCUGGUGGAGUUUGCCCCCUCUUGGUUACUUGCUAGGUUUGAAUCAGGUCCUGAUCAUGAAACUUUUAAUAUUGCUCGAGUUCUUUGGGGAAUUUGGUUUUUUCGAAACAAGAAGGUUUGGGAUCACAAGGUUGUUACAGCUGCUAUAGCUAUGGAUUGGAGCGCUAAGAUUAUUUCUGACUGGAAGGAGGCUAAAGCUAAGCGUGUUGUUCAGGUUGGUAGUACUUCUAGUUCCGCAUCUUCUUCUCGAGUGAAGUGGAAAAAGCUGACGGAUGGAGUUCUCAAACUAAAUGUUGAUGCAGGUGUGCGUUUCGGUGAGGCCUCGGUCUCGUUGGGUUUGGUUCUGCGUGACAGCGAGGGAGUUUUUGUGAUGGGUAAAACAAUAUGUAAAGCCAUGGUGGCUACUGUCCUUGAAGCCGAAGCAAGCGCUAUUUUUGAAGGGGGUGUUGGCCCUGUGAGUCACCAUCAGUAA